AUGGGUGUGAAUGUGGAGUCCUCGUCACGUCGUAACCGGGCAUACUUCCAGCAGUCGUGGAAUUGCUUCGACGCCUUCAUGGUUUUCUGCCUGUGGGCCUCCAUAGUGCUGCAGUGCUUUGAGCUGCGCGCCACUUGGCGUACGGGCGAGGAGGAGCAGAAGUUCUGGCGCCAGUACGGCUGGCUCAGCGUAGUGCGCUGUCCUCGUCCUCUCAUCCUCAUCCGCGUAUUCCGCGCUGUACUCAAGCUCCAACUGCCCCCGGCCCGUGUCAACGCCAUCUUCCAGCGGUCAACUCACCAGAUUUACAAUGUCAGUGUCUUCUUGCUCUUCUUCAUGUCACUGUAUGGGCUUCUUGGAGUGCAGUUCUUCGGUGACGAGCUGAACUAUCACUGUGUAGCAAAGAGUGCCAACGAGAGUAACCUGUUGAAAUCGGAUCUGGCCAUACCGGACUCUUAUUGUAAUCCAUUCGCACCCGAAACUGAUAAUCAGUGUCCAAAAAACAUGAAGUGUGUCCGAGCAAGUACCUCCAUCGCCGACGAAGGUAGCUAUGCGAGUUUCGAGGCCUUCCACAUUAGUAUGUUCACCGUGUAUCAAGCGUCAUCGCAGGAAGGCUGGGUCUUCAUAAUGUACAGAGCGAUGGACUGCCUCGCCCCUUGGAAAGGUGUGGUCUACUUCAUCACGAUGAUUUUCAUGCUGGCAUGGCUCGUUAAAAAUGUAUUCAUUGCCGUGCUGACGGAAACAUUUGCGGAGAUUCGUGUCCAGUUCCAACAAAUGUGGUCGCCCCGAAUCGCCACUGAUACGGACUUCUCAAAGAUUUUUCAAUUUGAUGGCACUUCUUGGAAACUGGUUCCCGUGCAUGAGAGGAAAUCGCGUGGUUUGGCUCCCCGAUUUGUCGAAGAGACCCUCCUUAAGUCGACGGGCUUCAACAUAGUCAUUAUGCUCUUGGUGCUAGCCAAUGCAAUCACUGCUGCGGGACAGCACUUCAAUCAUCAACGCGUGCGACACGAUGACUUUGAUGGGCAGAUCCACAUGGACGGAUUCUAUUUUGCUGAGUUGGGUUUUACAAUGGUGUUCAACCUGGAAGCCGCCUUUAAGAUUUGGUGCCUCGGGUGGCGAACUUACUGGUCUCGUUCCCUCUUCAAGUUUGAGCUGAUGCUCUGCAUCGGCACCACCCUCCACUGCAUUCCGCAGCUCUACCGCACGGAGCUCACUUAUCUGGCAGUCAUGAGGAUAGUGCGAUUGAUCAAGGCCUCUCCAAUGCUGGAGGAUUUUUGCUUCAAGAUCUUUGGUCCUGGAAAAAAACUGGGGAGCCUGGUGUUAUUCACCACCUGUCUGCUGGUCAUCACCUCAACAUUUAGUCUGCAAUUGUUCUGCUUCUUCCAGGCCUUUGAUGAGGAGUUUGAUCGGUUUGAGACAUUUCCAAAGGCCUUCAUGUCUAUGUUUCAAAUCCUGACGCAAAAGGGCUGGGUUGCAGUCAUGCAUGACACAAUGGACGUAGUAGACUCGGCGGCGGUGACCACCGGCGUGGCAAUUUACUUUGUCUUCUAUCACCUCUUUGUCACAUUGAUCGUUCUCAGCCUUUUUGUCGCUGUUAUUUUGGACAAUCUUGAGUUGGACGAAGACAUCAAGAAACUGAAACAACGGGAUGUUUCUUCAGCCUGCCUGUGA